AUGGCAAGUAGUCACAAUGUUGAAGACACUUCUGUUCCUCGUAGAAAGUAUUCUCAAACUCAUAAUACUGACAUCAUUGUUAGAGGAGUCAGGAAGUCUGUCCUGACAGAUUCUAUAGAGAGUAAAGUUCAUUGUGUCCCUCUGACAACUAUCAAGGGCAACCAUGGCUUAGGAGAUGAAUAUAUCAAUGACAACCCAAUUGAGGAAGUUAGGCUCACAGUUCCCAUAACUGAUGAUCCCACACAACCAGCUUUAACCUUCAGAACAUGGGUUCUGGGACUAACUUCAUGUUUCCUUUUAGCAUUUGUAAACCAAUUUUUUGGUUACCGCCAGAAUCAGCUCUCUGUAGGUUCAGUUUCAGCCCAAAUUCUUGUCCUACCAAUAGGAAAAUUUAUGGCUGCAACUCUUCCGGAAAAACAAUUCCGAAUUCCCUUCACACCAUUGUCGUUUUCGCUGAAUCCGGGGCCUUUUAACCUGAAAGAACACGCGUUGAUCACCAUUUUCGCCGGCUGUGGCUCCAGCGGCGUUUAUGCAGUGAGCAUCAUUACAAGCGUCAAGGCUUUCUAUCGUAGACAGCUGCACCCAGUGGCAGCAAUGUUGUUAAUUCAAACAACUCAGUUGCUUGGAUAUGGAUGGGCUGGCUUAUUCAGAAAAUACCUUGUUGACUCUCCAUACAUGUGGUGGCCAACAAACCUGGCACAAGUUUCUCUGUUAAGGGCGUUGCACGAAAAGGAAACGAGGCCUAGAGGAGGAGUAACCAGGCUACAAUUUUUCCUCCUUGUUUCGAUAUCAAGCUACGCGUAUUAUAUCAUUCCAGGCUAUCUUUUCCCAACACUAAGCUCUCUCUCCUUUGUGUGUUGGAUAUGGAAAGACUCAAUCACUGCACAGAAGCUUGGUUCAGGUUUGAAUGGACUAGGCAUUGGUUCAUUUGGCCUUGAUUGGUCUACUGUUGCCAGCUUUUUGGGAAGUCCUCUAGCCACUCCCUUCUUUGCCAUUGCUAAUACCUUAGUUGGGUUCUUUUUGUGCCUUUAUGUGCUUAUUCCAAUUUCUUACUGGACUAAUGUUUAUGAUGCCAAGAAAUUUCCCUUAUUUUCCUCACACACUUUUGAUUCCAAUGGCCAAACUUACAACAUCAGCAGAAUCAUCAAUGAGAAAACUUUUGAGUUCAAUAAAGCUGGCUAUGAUGAGUAUAGCAAACUCUAUCUCAGUGUCCUGUUUGCAUUCACUUAUGGACUAAGCUUUGCCGCCUUGACGUCUAGUCUUUCCCAUGUUGCAUUGUUUGAUGGAAAGACAAUUUGGCAAAUGUGGAAGAAAACAACUGCUGCAUCUAAAGAUCAUUUUGGGGAUGUGCACACAAGACUAAUGAAGAAGAACUAUGAUGAAGUACCUCAAUGGUGGUUCCAGCUUAUCUUGCUAAUAAAGUUCGCGCUUUCAAUCUUUGAAUGUGAAGGAUUCGGUAAACAAUUUCAGCUUCCAUGGUGGGGACUCAUACUAGCCUGUUUCAUAGCAUUCUUCUUCACAUUACCUGUUGGGGUGAUUCAAGCAACCACAAACAUGGGACCACGGGUAAAUGUGAUUAAAGAGUUAAUCAUAGGGUACAUGUAUCCUGGUAGGACUCUAGCCAAUGUAGUUUUCAGGACUUAUGGCCGUAUUAGCAUGGUGCAAGCUCUCAGUUUUAUUGGAUAUUUCAAAUUAGGCCACUAUAUGAAAAUCCCUCCCAAAUCCAUGUUCAUUGUACAGUUAGUAGGAACUAUUGUUGCUUCAACCGUCUACUUUGGCACAUCCUGGUGGCUUCUCACAACCAUUCCCAACAUUUGUGACACAAAUUUGCUGCCAGAGGGGAGUCCCUGGACAUGUCCUGGAGAUGAUGUUUUCUACAAUGCUUCAAUCAUCUGGGGCAUUGUAGGACCUCUCAGAAUGUUCACGAACCGAGGCAUCUACCCGGGACUCAACUGGUUCUUCCUAAUAGGCCUCCUCGCCCCAGUUCCCGGAUGGCUCCUCUCACGAAAAUACCCAGAAAAGAAAUGGAUCAAGAACAUCCACACGCCGAUCAUCCUGGCAGGGCCACUCUACAUGCCAUACGCUAAAGCUGUGCAUUACCUUAGCUGGGGAGCUGUUGGAAUCUUCUUCAACUUCUACAUUUUCAGAAGAUAUAAAAUGUGGUGGGCUAGAUAUAAUUACAUUUUAUCAGCUGCUUUGGAUGCUGGGCUUGCCUUCAUGGGUGUGUUGCUCUAUUUCACCCUUCAAUCACAUGACAUUUUUGGCCCAGAAUGGUGGGGUUUGGAUAGCACUGACCAUUGCCCUCUGGCUAAGUGCCCCAUCGCUCCAGGAAUUGAAGUCCAUGGAUGCCCUGUGCUUUGACAUUUCUUAAAUGCCUGAGAAAGCUUGAGAAAUUCUCCUUCUCAAUCUCCAAGGAUGAUACAGAUUGUGCAUAUUAUUCGCAUGUAAUUUGUUAAUAAGUUUAGGUUGUCUUGGACGGUAACCAAAAUCCGAGUGAUUUGAACAAAUGGAUUUGUUUGUAUGAGUAUUUG